CCACCUUUUGACAGCAAAGUAUUAACAAAGAAGUUUUAAAACACAACAUUUAACCUCUCUCUUGGCGUUUUGGUGGUUAAAAAAUAUCAGGCGAUGUUUCUUUACACGAGUGUUUCCACCCGCUUCCAGAAAGUGAAUAUUGUGACUUUAUUUGGGACAAAAGCUGCUUGGUGAAGCUAGUUCCGCCUUGCUUUUGUCCCUUGUGAUGAACCGCAGCAACAAGUGUCAAAAGUAAUCAGAGCUCAACGAGAAACAAGGGGGGAAAAAACACGUCUCCUGUCACUUUUGGAUAUAUUUCCACACUAACCAAGCUCUUCGUAGAAACGAUACAAGCGGAUUGUCGCAUCUCGCAGGGGCAGCGAACGCAUCACAUACUGAGCAGGAGAGGUUUAGGUGGAUAUAAUCUUAAUACACAGAGGAGUGCUGUGAUCACUGCGCUGCUGCAAGAAGAAAGCAAAGAAGAAAUCAGAGCCAGACUACGAGUAUUUUGGAGGAUUUUAUCGCAGAUCAAUGAUCUUCACCAGAAGAGCUGUUGACUGCUGAGUUUUGGACACUGUGAUGGAAAAUCCUGACGAUGAGGUGGACCUGCAACACAGCACGACACCGGGGGAAGACGGAAACUCGGGCGGGGGAACGCCUCCGACCAAACGCAAAGGCAAAUUCUCCAAAAUGGGAAGAAUCUUCAAGCCGUGGAAAUGGAGGAAGAAGAAGCCGAGCGAGAAGUUCGCUGAAACGUCUAUAGCUUUGGAAAGAAAGAUUUCAGUUAGAAAAAGCCGCCAAGAGCUGAUCGCAAGAGGGGUUCUAAAGGAAAUCCCAGAGAACGAGAGCAACGAUGUGAACCACUCUAAAGCACCAGUGAAGAAUGGCCACCCUGUACCCAUGGACGUGGACAAGGUGUCGGAAGUUGGAGUUCGGGUGACCCGAGGGGAGUCCGACAACAAGUCGAACACCCUCAGGCUGGCACAGGGAGACGAACGCCGAAACAGAGCGCCGUCCGACGCCUCCCGGAGCAAUCGGGCGCCUCUGGACGUGGACUCUCAUGCGCGGCUCGCCGUGGAAGUAGACAGAAGAAGCCGCCUGCCGUCAGACGUGGAUAAGAGAGGAUCUUUACCCCGGGGACCGUCGCAAGACGACAGAUACCGCAGAGAUGAGAGGAGGGACGGCAAAGACGACAGGGAGGACAGAGGGAGGAGGGACAGGGAGGACACGGAAAGAAGGGAAAACAGGGAGAGAGAAGGAGGGGGGGCGGACCGGAGGGAAGACAGAGACUUCAGGGAAAGGCGAGAUUGGAGAGACGAUAAAGAGAAGAGAGAUGAGAGGACGGAGAGAGACAACAGGGAAAGGAGGGAUCGGGACGAGAGGGAGCGAAGAGAUAGGGACGAGAGAGAAAGGAGGGAUCGGGACGAGAGAGAAAGGAGGGAUCGGGACGAGAGGGAAAGGAGGGAUCGGGACGAGAGAGAAAGGAGGGAUCGGGACGAGCGGGAAAAGAGGGAGCGUGAAGAUAGAGAAAGGAGGGAUGACCGGGACAGGCGAGAAGAUAGGGAUCGACGGCCCGAGAGGGAAAGGAGAGAGAACCGAGACGACAGAGAAAGAGAAGACCGGGAGAGGAAAGACCCUCGAGCGGAGAGAGACGACAGAGACAGAAGAGAGGACAGGGACAGGCGAGACGACAGAGAGAGGAGGGAGGACAGGGACAAAUGGGAGGACUGGGCCAAGAGGAACGAAAGACCUCGACGAGACGAGCGGGAGAAAGACAGGAGGGAAAAGCCGGAGCCUCUGCGCUCCGUGGACGAGUCCCGACCCCCCGUCAGACCUGUACCUGACGUUGACCCACGACCUCCUCUACAGAAGAGCUCCUCAGAGGACAACAAGAAGCUUCGUCCUGCCUCGGAGGCUGACCGAAGAUCCACCUUACCCAGAUACAACCCAGCUGCUGAGUUCAGAGAACGUUCAGAGUCUGCAGCCGCCGGCGUCCGCUUCGCCCCCGACCCCCACCCGACACCAGACUCCCAGCCAGAACCUCCCCCGGCCAGACAAGCCCUGCUUCCCCCGAAAUUCCUCUUAGCUUCCUCCACAGAUCCCGCUGCCUCCUCUUCAUCCUCCUCCUCUUCAUCAUCCUCCUCUUCAUCCUCCUCCUCCGCCGCUCCUAUAGCCGUGGCAAGGCCGCUAAGGACUGUCUCCCUAAUAGCAGACGACCCACCUCGACCCUCCACCACCACCACCACCACCUCCUCCUCCUCCUCGGGCGACUCUAACGGGCCGCCCCCCGUCCCUCCCCACGGCAAGACGCCUCCCGUCCCUCCACCCAAACCCACCAACCGCAACAGCAACCCCGCACUGCUAGCCUCCUCAUUGAACAGGCAGCCUCGUCACUGGAGCGGCUGGAAACGUCAGACCGAGCUCGGCCUCUACCUCUCUCUACCUGUAUACCUGCGGCACAGGGCCACCUGCUCAGCGGAGCUUUCACAGUCUGGCAGCGGCAUCAUCGUGGUGCCAGCGCCCGCUAAGCGAUCUCCACCAACACCGCCGAAGAGGAUGACCCCCGUCACCAAGCGCCAUUCCAUGGAUCCUACUCCUCCCAGCCAAACCCCGGAGUCCUCCUCUACCACCACUACUACCGAUCCAGCCCCCACCACUGCACCACCGCCCCCUGCUGCCCUUAAAGGAGAUAACAGCGAGGAUGCAGCAGCAGUCCAGCAGCAGCCCUCCACUAACUCUCUGGCACCACCACCCCUGCCCUCCCACAUACCCCCGUCUCCUCCAAGAGUUCAGUCGCUCCCUCCGCCCCACAUCACCACCACCUCCUCAUCCGACCCCCCCAGCCCCACCAGCGAGCCUCCCAGCCAGCCUCCGGCCAUCCCUCUGCACAUCCUCAUCCAGAGAGCGCUGGCCAGCCCUGGCCCAGCUCAGCCCAGCCCCGACGGCUCCCAGAGGGCCCACUCACUGCUGUUUGAAUCUCCUCCAGAUUUCCUCACAGAGAUGGGGGGCAACACACGGAACUCUCUGCCCAUCACCAUCGAACCUCUCAGGCUGCCAGAAGACGACGACUUCGACAUGGAGGAGGAGCUGCGGAAGCUUCAACCUCAGAGAUUCCCCCGCCAUCACGAUCUGGGGCCUCGCAGCCGCAGGGGUUUGGUUGGAGACCCCAACGUCUGCGUCAUCCCAGAAGGCGGAGGCCCAGGAGACAGCGAGGAGGAGGAGGAGGAGGAGUCUGACUCGGACGGCCCCAUCCUGUACAGAGACGAUGACGAGGACGAGGACGACGAGGAAGGCCCUCCGACCGGGCUGGCGAGCCGCGUCAAGAGGAAGGACACGUUAGCCCUGAAGCUGGAGAGACAGGAGCGGGAGGACAGGGAUGCUCAGGAGAGCCAGGACAGCAUGAGCUGGCACAACAGAGAGCAGUGGGAGGCGGUGAGGAACAAGAUCGGCACUGCGCUGACACGGCGGCUGAGUCAGAGGCCGAGUGCGGAUGAGCUGGAGCAGAGGAACAUCCUUCAAGCCAAGAAUGAAGCGGACCGACGGAUGGAGAGAAGCGAGAUCAAACGGAGGCUCACCAGAAAGCUCUCCCAGAGACCCACGGUGGCAGAACUCCAGGCGAGGAAGAUCCUGCGUUUCCACGAGUACGUCGAGUCCACCCACGCCCACGACUACGACCGGCGAGCGGACAAACCGUGGACCAAGCUGACUCCAGCUGACAAGGCCGCCAUCCGCAAGGAGCUCAACGAAUUCAAGAGUUCAGAGAUGGAAGUCCACGAAGAAAGCAGGAUCUAUACCCGGUUCCACCGGCCGUAGCUGCCCCGCUGCUGACCAGUAAAACACUUCAACUAAAGUGUUCAGUCAGUCUACGCUGCAGCGAGCCAGCGAGCGAGGAGGCACUGUGAACUGAACAUGUGGGCCCCCCGUUUGGUCCAUUUUAUUUUAAACUGCCUGCCUGCUAACCCGCUUCCAGCCGAAGACACUACUGUUGAACCGAAAGCCACUCAGCAGUUCUCGAAAUCGAGCACAGAGUUCAGGACAGGAGAGAUUUGUCGGAGGUGCCCGGUGCCAACACUAAGAGUGCGAGAACCCCCCCUCUACACACACACACCCCUACCUUUAUAAUGGGGAGGGGGGGUUGCACAGCUCACUAGAUAGAACUUUAAGGAUAACACUUUGAGGGUUAUCCUCUACUGUACUGUACUGUACUCUAUUGUAUGUAUCACACUGUCUCCCUCAAAGGGGAACCCCACUUCUCACCUUGCCUUCACCAUAUAUUUUCCUUCCUCCCCGGUGAGGAACACUACGCACAUUUUAAGAUAUCACUGUAGUUUAUACAAGCACUGUAGAUAUGUGUGUGUGUGUGUGCGCGCCUGCGUGCGUGCGCGCGUGCGUGCGUGUACUAUAAAUGUCUAUCUAAAGGUUUGCCACACAGCACCAGCCUUACUCCUCAUACGAUUUAACACUUUAAAGAGACGGAAAAUGUGAAACAGUGCGGUACAGCAGCAGCAGUGAGGACAAACUAGAGUAGACCCUUCAACCUAAUGUGUGCAUUUUACUGUAUGUCCUCGAUCAUUUAAAUGAUUCUCAUGGAGCACAUAUCACUACAUAAUUUUAUUAUAAUAAUAAUACUAAGGCACCUCAUGUUCCUUAAUUGGGUGUAUAGAAAAUUUAACUUUUUUUUUUUUUUUUUUUUGGAUUAAUAAUUCUAUAUAUGUUUAUAAUUGAAUUAUUCCAGCAGGAAAAUGUACAUAUUUUUAUUUUCCUGGCUGUUUUUAUGGUACUUAAAAUAAAUAAAUAUAUGCAGGUCAAUAGUUUGCUGCAAUUGUAUAGAGCACCUGUGUAGAUUUAAUUGCCUGCUGACAUGUUUUUAAUUGUAAAGUAUUUCUCAAAUGUUAUUUCCAACUAGUUAAUGGUACAAAAUAUGUUUCCUUUUUUUUUUGAUACAGAGAUCUUUAAAACCUUUUUUUUUUUUUUUUUUGCAAACUACAGUCUAAAUGAACAAUCCACUCAGAAAAUUAAAAAUAACGUGAUUUACA